AUGGCGGCGUGCCUUAGUGAAAGAAUGCGCUUUCAAAGCAGAGUGGCUGUUUUCGGUAUUCCUCCUUGGUAACUGAACCUAAUUUUCAAGAUCGAAAUAUUAUUACAGAAGCGAGGGGCUAUCAUCGAAGAAAGGUCAUGCACUCCAAUACUCCUUUUAACAGAAACUCUAUGGAGAAUGCUGAGUCAUACCAUGAAGUCUUUAAAGUUCUUGAUAGCCUAGGGAUGGCCGACUUAAAGGAGACUUUCCAGGAACACUGUAUUCAGGACCAAACUUUACGUUAUGUCGAAACAGAAGAUGAGCUCAAGCAAUUACUGAGGGAGAUAGGUAUUCCUCUUGGACGCUGUAUUCCAAUCAUGAAGUCCUGGAGGAAACGUUAUUCCAGUCAAGAAACAGUAAGGAGGAAAGAUAAAGUUUCAACUGCUGAGAAUUACUCACAGACCUCCACAGUUACUGUGGACGCGAGCAUACAAACUGAAGAUAUGUUAAUUAGUGCUGCUGAGUAUAACAAAUUGCUUAACAAUAUGGCAGAGCUUAACACGCAACAAGAGCUUCUUAAUCAUUAUGCUGCUCUGGCUAGUGGCGAGUUUAAUUUAAAACUGACGGAGGCACAAAGUGGCUCCCUCACCUCUGCUCAGGUCCCUUCUUCGUAUGGUACACAGUCCUUGGACCCUUAUACUGCUGCGCAGCUGUGGUCCAACCUAAGUCAGUACCAAGAUCAAUUUAAUAUGUAUGGAGGCUUCCUGCAGGCAACCACAGCUAAUGCUCCAGGAGGUAUUAUCCCGGACGGUAUCGGGAGUGAGGCGUCUACAGUUAUUUAUAAUCAAAAUAUGAAUGAUGUCAAUCAUAUGAUGGUACCAUCUGCACCGUCUCCUGUACCUUCUCAAGAUAUGGGACAAUAUCAGAGAGUGACAGCCAAUGUCUCUGAGCGUAAGGAUAUUGUUGAUGAGAGAGAAGACCUGGCUAUUGAGCAGUCGUUGAAAGACGUAGAAACUAUGGAAUUAGAGUCUCAACAUUCGUAUGCUUCAGCUCUUAAUACUGAGGCAGCAGACCUUAGUCAAGACAGCCAGCAUAAUUAUGGUUCAAUCACUGAGCAGACCUCUUAUUAUAUGCAGUCGAGUCAAAGAACACCUUCAACUUAUACCAGUCACUCUCAAGUCCGUCCCACCCAAACCACAGCAAGACCAGUGCCGUCUGAAAAACUCGACACCAGUCGCUUUGCCAAAUGUGAUGACAUAUCUUUGGAGAGCGGAACAUCAAGGCUUCCAUCAAGUGUACAGAGUGUGGGACCACAAACCCUGCAGGGAUAUUUAGAUAGUUUACCAGAAUCGAACGAAUACAAGGAAGCUAUGAAGAGUAAAAACCCCAAAAAAGGAUGGAAACCAAUUGAUGGGAAACAUAUUCAGUCUGCGAAAAAGGUGGCUUUCAAACCGGUAUACUGGGAUAAAGAAGGGCGCAUGCGCCAUGGGGUAGCCGUCAGGGGAUCAGAUAAAUCCGAGGAGUGCUGGCGCCAUGUAGAAGGAAAAGCUCCGGCUGGCUGUACAUUUGCACACUCUCGUCUGGGUGACACCCUGCAGUUUAUUUGCGUCAAGUGUUCUUAUGAGAGGAACCGUAAUGACUGGUGCUCAGACAAGACAAAGCAUAAACAAUAUAUAUUUAAUCUCGGUCCGUAUCGUAACUUAGAAGGUGGAGUAUGGAAGAAAAUUUCUUAAAAUAACACAAGUGCUGGGUGCUUGCUAGAAAGCUUGCUUUACAGCGCAUACUG